UAUUAUUAUUAUUAUUAAAAUAAUCAUCCUGCCUCAGAAGAAAGGAAGGUUUUUGGCAACUCUGGUUAAAAAAAAAAAAAAAAAAGAAAGACAACUUUUCAUCAAUGGCCUCUUUUGGAUAUUUCCUGUUUCUUUGUGGGUUGAGUCAGGCUCUGUCAAGUUACCCAAUCUGGUGGUCCUUGGCAAUUGGUCACCAGUAUUCCUCCCUGGGGACUCAACCCAUCCUCUGCGGGAGCAUCCCGGGCCUGGUGCCGAAGCAGCUGCGCUUCUGUCGGAACUAUGUGGAGAUCAUGCCCAGCGUGGCAGAAGGGGUGAAGAUCGGGAUCCAGGAAUGCCAGCACCAGUUCCGAGGGAGGAGGUGGAACUGCACCACUGUCAAUGACAGCUUGGCCAUCUUUGGGCCCGUGCUGGACAAAGCCACCAGGGAAUCGGCCUUCGUCCACGCCAUCGCCUCGGCCGGAGUGGCUUUCGCCGUGACCAGGUCCUGCGCCGAGGGCUCCGCCACCAUCUGUGGCUGUGACACCCGCCACAAGGGCUCCCCCGGGGAAGGCUGGAAGUGGGGGGGCUGCAGCGAGGACGUGGAAUUCGGGAGCAUGGUGUCCCGGGAGUUCGCGGACGCCCGGGAGAACAGGCCCGACGCUCGCUCGGCCAUGAACAGGCACAACAACGAGGCCGGAAGGACCUCCAUCAUUGAACUCAUGCACCUCAAGUGCAAGUGCCACGGCCUCUCGGGCAGCUGCGAAGUGAAGACCUGCUGGUGGUCCCAGCCAGACUUCAGGGUCAUUGGGGACUACCUCAAGGACAAGUACGACAGCGCCUCGGAGAUGGUGGUGGAGAAACACCGGGAAUCCCGCGGCUGGGUCGAGACCCUGCGGCCCAAGUACAACUUCUUCAAGGCUCCCACCGAGAAGGACCUGGUCUACUACGAGAACUCACCGAACUUUUGCGAGCCCAACCCCGAGACGGGCUCCUUCGGCACCCGGGACAGGAUCUGCAACGUCACUUCCCACGGGAUCGACGGCUGCGACCUGCUGUGCUGCGGCCGCGGCCACAACACGAGGACUGAGAAACGCAAGGAGAAGUGUCACUGUAUCUUCCACUGGUGCUGCUACGUCCGGUGCCAGGAGUGCAUACGAGUCUACGACGUCCACACGUGCAAAUAAAAGCAGGGAAAAAAGGACCCUUCGCUGGGCUCCGGGCGGAGGAAUGGA